AUGUCAGUAGUCAUGAAAUCUGCUAUUGUCGGCGCUUUAGCAUGUCAAAGGAACUCAUUUACGCUUGACAGGUUCAAUACGUUAGUUGUUUCCUGCGAAGCAAAGAAAGACAAAAGGGGAAAGACUGAAGGUUACGAGAUCGAAUUACAAGAUACCAUUUUGUUUCCUGAAGGAGGCGGUCAACCAAGCGAUUCUGGCUCUUUGAAAAUUGUAGAAAGAAACAAUGAUUCUUUGGUCAUCAAGAAGGUAGUGGUUUCGCAUGUUUCUCGCUCUGGCUUACAUGCUAAACAUCAUGUGAACGAGCUCAUUGAGCCCGGCACAACGGUGGAAAUAACUGUGGAUGCAGUGAAAAGAAUGGAUUAUAUGCAACAACACACUGGUCAGCAUUUAUUGAGUGCGAUCUUGAAACGCAAGUAUGAAGUAGAUACAGUAUCGUGGUCGAUGGGUGGCAUUAUCACUGAAAAAAGGGCAGUUUUAGAACCUAGUGAUUACUUCAAUUAUAUAGAGCUGAGCAGAAAAUUGACAGAGGACGAAGUAACAGAAAUAUCGGGUGAGGUUAACGAGCUGAUCAUUACAUUUCCCCAAAAAAUCAAAGUGGUGGAAAGAUUUAGUGAAGACGAUGCUGAUACAAUCAAUACAUCCAAAAUACCAGACGAUUAUGACCUAUCCAAAGGUAUACUGCGUACCAUUCACAUUGGUGAUAUUGAUUCCAAUGCGUGUUGUGGAACACAUUUGAAAUCUACCUUUCAGAUUGGCUCUAUCCUUAUUCUUUCCAAUCAAUCAGCCGUGAGAGGCUCAAACUCAAGACUGUAUUUCAUGUGCGGGAAACGGGUUUCUGAUUAUGCAAAAUUGGCUAAUAAGAUCUUAUUGGACUCCAAAAUCUUAUUGAGCUGUUCGGAAACUCAAAUGCCCGACAAGAUAACAAGACAAGGCAAACAACUGCAACAAUCAAACAAAAGAGAACAAUAUUGGGUAAAGAAGUUAGCCCAUAGUGUUUCUGAAGACUUGAAAAAUACACUGGAAAAUAGUGAAAAUAAAAGGGCGUAUUUUAUGGAAGAAGAAUGUGGUACAUUAGAACUAUUACAGCAGAUCUAUAAAGAGAUAAACAUUUUUCUGAAAGAGGGUUGUGAAGUCUACGAGAUCAUUCUAUGCGGUUAUGAAAGGCAAACUAGCACUGGAUCACUGAUAAUCCUUUCUGAAUCCGGUGAUAAAAUUUCCUCUUUAACCGCCAAGCUAGGUUCGAUGUUACAAAACUUGAAGGGCGGUGGUGGUAAGAAAGGUGGUAAAUGGCAAGGCAAAAUCACAUCCAUUUCGAAUGCCGAAUUUGCUGCCGUAACCGAUUAUUUAAGCCAUGAUUUCAUAUCCCAUUGA